AUGCAAGUACUUGAUCGUAGCUCAUCACCAUCAUCAUCAUCUUCUUCUUCAGAGUCGGAAGCUUUGUUAGGUGAACAGGGGAAGACUAAUUCACUAGUCAAGCCUGUGUCACCAACAAAGACCAUUUCACCAGUAAAGUCAACUUCUACCCCCAAGCCACUGCAAAAAGCUCAUUCUCCUCCACCGUUACCAGUUUUACCACCAGAGUGUGAGCACCAGCCUCCACCAGUCUCAGCCGUCUCACCCUUUUCACCCAAUUCAUCAGCAUCUCCUACUCAACCAACACCUACUUCUGGCCAGCCCACCCCUAAGAACAAACCGCCACCGUCAAAGACAUCAUCAACAAAGGCACCAUCAUCAAAGACAUCAUCUUCAAAAGUCAACACCCGCCAACAACAACAGCAGCAACAACAACAAUUGACCGACCUUGGCACACAACUCUCCGACAAGCUUCAUCAACUAGCAACAAUCUACAAAGCUAAAGCCACCAAAUACAAAGCCAUAACCGCUUAUCAAUCAUUGGAGUUGGAAAAACGAAAAAUCAUUACAACAACAUCAACCAUGCUUAAACUGGAAACCAAUUAUGAUACGAUUCAACAAAUUAUCAACGAUUCCAACGCCGUGUUAUUUCCCAUGUCUUUAAAACAACAUUAUUUGAAAUUGCAUAUCGCUCAGAUUGUUGAGCAGGAAAAAGAACUUGAUGUGAUUAGAGCUAGUCUUGGUGAAUUGCAUCACCAGUUUGUUGGAAUUGAAUCGUUGCUUUACAAGGGGAAUUCAUACGAAAAAUAA